AACUCCAACUUUGAAAAUUUCCUAAAAAAAGAAGUAGAACUCUGAAAACAGAUAGAGACGUAAACCAUUGUCUUUUCCCUCUCCCAAAAUACAUCCUUUCUCAUCUAUUCAUUAUCCAUUCACUGUCUCUCUAGAUCACCUCUGCUAAUUUCCCUUAAAACAAUUCAAUCUCUCUGUAUCAUAAAAUUGGGAUUUUACUUUUACAUAUGUAUCCCAAAAUCUUAUAAUAUUGUAAAUAUUACACUACAACUAUAAAAUUUGGUUCGAAUUCAAAAAUAUUUAUUGGUUUGUUAUUUUUUUUCAUUUGUUUUAGAAAGGAAUUGUAAUCCAUCUUGGAAAGAAAGUCCUAUCUAUUGUAGUUUUUAAUUUUUUAUGUUUUUUUUUUUGGAAAGCCUUAAGAGGUGAACUGGGUUUUGUUUAGAUUUGUUUCUCCAAGCUCCCUCUACUGGUUUAUGAUUUUUGCAAAACUCAAACUUUUUAAGACCAUGGAUUUCGAGACUUUAGACUGUUGGUAGUUUGGUUCCAGUUAGAAGUUUGUUUUGCUUGUUUAAUUGGGAAAUUGGACUUAUCUUUUCAAGCAAAAUCGAGGCUGACGGAUACGCUUGGAACAUGAAUUUAUUAAUCAAAGUUCAAAGGCUGUUUCCUUUUUGGAUUAGGGCUUUUUUUUUUUGUCUAAUUUUCUCUAAAUGAACGGCCUGACUCUAUGCUUAAAGCAGAAAUUGCAGAGUCGUGGACUGUAGCCAUGGUUUUAGCUGCACUUGUUUUUUGGUCUGUUGGGACUAUUAUGAGGAAGAGUACUGAUGGACAGCAGCAGAAGAAUCAGCAGGCGCGACCUAACAAUGGAUUUUUACCAAGCUCCUUCCGGGCGAUUUCGAGCUAUUUGAGGAUUGUUUCGUCUGGGGCGUCUACGGUGGCGAGGUCUGCUGCGUCUGUCGCGCAAUCCAUUGUGGAUAGAGAUGAUAAUGAUAACAAUGAUCAGGUCCAGUGGGCUGGUUUUGACAAAUUAGAGGAUGGGGCUGAUGUGAUUCGACAGAUUCUCCUGCUGGGGUAUCGGUCUGGUUUCCAGGUUUGGGAUGUUGAGGAAGCUGAUAAUGUUCAUGACCUUGUUUCUAGACAUGAUGGCCUCGUUUCAUUCAUGCAAAUGCUACCGAAACCAAUAGCAUCAAAAAGGCCAGCAGACAAGCUUGCAGACAGCCGACCUGUUCUGGUAGUUUGUACUGAUGGGACCCUUUCUGGAGGUAAUACCAUUCAAGAUGGGUUACCCACUCCGUACAAUGGGAACAUCCCUAAACACUAUGAUCUGGGUAAUUUUAGUUUUGUGCCCACUGUUGUACGAUUUUAUUCCCUGAGAUCUCAAUCUUACAUACAUGAGCUGAAGUUCAGAUCAGCUGUUUGUUCUGUGAGGUGUAGCUCUCGAAUUGUUGCUAUUUCUCAAGCAGCUCAGAUACACUGUUUUGAUGCGGCGACAUUGGAGAGAGAAUAUACUAUUCUCACAAAUCCUAUAGUCACAAGUUAUCCUGGUUCUGGAGGUAUAGGCUAUGGUCCUCUUGCAGUUGGUCCCAGAUGGCUGGCCUACAGUGGAGGUCCAGUUGCAGUCUUGAAUUCUGAACGUGUCAGGCCACAACAGCUAACACCUUCUGCAAGUUUUACUGGUUCCGAUUCAAAUGGAAGUUUGGUAGCACAUUAUGCAAAAGAAUCGAGCAAGCAACUUGCUGCUGGAAUUGUAACACUAGGUGACAUGGGAUAUAAGAAGUUGUCCAGGUAUUGCUCAGAGCUUCUACCCGAUUCCAGUGGUUUCCAUCAAUCAGGGAGUCCUGCCUGGAAAGUCAACAGUACUGUUAAUGGUCAUUUGCUAGAUGCAGAUAAUGUUGGAAUGGUUGUUGUUAGGGAUAUUGUCAGUAAACGUGUCAUCACCCAAUUUAGAGCACACAGAAGUCCUAUUUCAGCAUUGUGCUUCGAUCCUAGUGGGACCCUCUUGGUUACUGCCUCUGUUCAUGGCCAUAACAUAAAUGUUUUUAAAAUAAUGCCUGGACUCCUAGGAGGCUCCUCUACAGGUGAUGCUGAUGCAUCUUAUGCACAUCUUUACAGGCUACAACGUGGCUUUACAAAUGCAGUUAUACAGGACAUCUGUUUCAGUGAUGACAGUAACUGGAUUAUGAUAAGUUCUUCAAGGGGGACAAACCAUUUAUUUGCUAUUAAUCCCUUUGGAGGAUCAGUGAACUUUCAGACUUCAGAUGCUAGUUACACCACUAAAAGUAGCGGCUUAAGUGUGAUGACUAAGUCAGCUGUUCGGUGGCCAGCAAAUUUAGGUUUACAAAUGCACAAUCAACAGAGCAUUUGUGCACCUGGUCCAGCAGUUACACUCUCGGCUAUCAGCAGAAUAAGGAAUGGAAAUAAUGGCUGGAAAGGUGCUGUAACUGGUGCCGCAGCUGCUGCAACAGGCAGGUUGGGUUCCCUUUCAGGUGCUAUUGCUUCAUCCUUUCAUAACUCCAAAGGUAAUGAUGAUUUAUAUGUGGAUGGCACCACUUUGAAGACAAAGUAUCAUCUUCUUGUUUUCUCUCCUUUGGGUUGUAUGAUACAGUAUGUAUUCCGGAUAUCAGCGGGUAUAGAUUCAACUGUUGUGUCUGGACUAGGGGCAACUCAUGAAUCUGUUCCAGAAAGUGAUGGAAGGCUAGUAGUUGAGGCAAUUCAGAAGUGGAAUAUUUGUCACAAACAAAGCCGAAGAGAGCAAGAGGAUGAUGUUGAUGUGUACGGUGAGAAUGGAAAUUCAGACAGUAAUAAGAUAUAUCCUGAAGGCAAAAAGAAGGGAAAUAGUCUUCAUCCUGAAGGUAGGGCUGUGGCUACAAAAGCGAAGUUCAGCCUUGAGGAAAGGCAUCAUUUGUAUAUUUCAGAAGCUGAACUACAAAUGCAUCAACCUCAUAUUCCAGUAUGGGCAAAACCUAAGAUAUACUUUCAAUUGAUGAUGGCAGAGGGGAUAAAAAUGGAGGAAGAAACUGCCGUACAAGGUGAAGUUGAGGUUGAAAGGAUUCCAACUCGUACUAUUGAAGCAAGGUCAAAGGAUUUAGUUCCAGUUUUUGACUAUCUUCGACAUUCAAGGGUUCCUGCCUUAGAUGGUAAUGUGAAUGGGCAACUGCGCCAUCAAAGGUAUGUGCUGCCUGAAAAUUUCAGGCUUUCCCGUAGAAACAGCUCUGGCUCGCUUGAUUCCGUUACUGAUCCUGGAACUGUAGCUACUGAACAUCAGAAUGGGGUUAAAGAAACUGGGUGGAAUGGUCCUAGGAUGCCAGUAGAAGCUAUGGGCUAUGUAAAUAGUAUUAACAGCCCCAAAACAGAUACUUGGCUUGAGAAUGUAAAUAAUAGGGCGAGCUUAAGGAGAGAAGCUCAAUUAAAGCUUGUAAAUAGUAACAAUAGGAGCCCAAAAGUGGAGAAUCAAUUUGAAGAUGAGGGAGAUGAGUUUGAUUAGAGGUGUGCAGCUAUUCUUUUAUUUUGGUGGAAGGUUCAUUAACCAUAUGUUAAUAUUUGUGGAUGGAAUUGUAGACAAGAAUGAGAGGCUCAGAGGGCUGGACUGUGAAGCGGAAACGUGGAUAUUAUUCUAGUCUUCUCUUGAGGUUGUGUACAUAUAUCUUCACAGUGAUCACUUGUAAUAUGUAAAUAAAUGUAAGCAUAACUUAUAUUAAUAACUUUUUUUUUUCCUGAAAUUUUCUAUAAAUUGCAAAUUUCAUAUGUUACAAUUCUUGUGUGAGCUUGGGGAGACAAAAUUUGUUAUAUAAUAUGAAGGGUUGUUUUCUCUGGCA